AUGUUGGAAAACAUUCCAGGUCCAAGCAGGGCUUUAGAAAUCCAACUGCCAUGUAUUGUCUUCCUUGUCACAACACCAGCCUUUGUGGUCAUCCGUCUGUGGUCCCGAGCCAAGUCUCAGUCGGGACUGGGGUGGGACGACUGGACCAUUUUGGCAUCUUCCGUGUUUGCGGUUAUCGUCAUGACCCUCAUGCUGGCGUCCUGCGCUUAUGGCUUUGGCCAACAUAUCGCUAAUCUCACAAGACCGAAUAAACAAAUGACCUUGAAGCUCUUCUUCGUGAGCCAAGCCUUCUACAAGCUCACUAUGAACAUGACAAAGAUGUCGAUUCUACUGCUUUAUCUGCGCAUUUUUAUCCAGAGUUGGUUCCGUAUCAUCUGCCAUGUGCUGUUGGUUAUCAUCACCUCCUACAUGGUGGCCGCCUUCUUCGCCUCCGUAUUUCAAUGCACACCAGUGUCCCGCACCUGGGACAAGACCAUUGCAGGAUCAUGCAUUGACAUCACCACAAACUGUGUCGCGGUUACAAGCAUUAUCCGGAUGCAGACCCUGGACUUCUCCUCUACAAGUCCUGACACCACCUACGAUCUCGCCUCCUCAAUAUGGACGAUAACCGAAGAAAACGUGGCAAUCACCUGUGCCUGUCUGCCAAUGAUGUGGACACCACUUUCGAGACUCUUUCCCUCCCUCUUCUCCACAGAUCACGGGUCUGACAACUGUGGAGGCUCGGCUGUCAAGAACUCGGAGCCUAACGCCACGUCACGGUCUGGGAUUAACUGGAUACAGUUUCAAACGUACUCGGAUACCAAGAUUAACUUCAGUAUAAAACGAACCACUGUUUCUCAAUCCCGCCCGUCAGAGGAUAGCACGGGCCAAAUCCUCCCAUAUGGCCAGGUCGGUGAGGCACAGGAUCUAAAUGCCAGUGGCAUCAGAAAGGUCACAGAAUAUCAGGUCUCUUAUCUCAACGCAAAAUUGCCUUCGAGCUGA